AUGCCUGUCUCCGUGGUCAAGAAAGCAUCCGCGAACGUUUCUACCCUUCAACAUUUGAAAAAUGGCCUGCACCACCGCGAUAUAUUUGGCAAUGAAGCUGAUGGACCCCCCUUCACUUUCGGCAUUGCGGUAAUCACCAAGCACGACAGUGGAGGGACGGCUGCCAAGGUACCAGGCAAUGUAUAUGUCAUUGUCACAGAAGGCGAGGUAUCCCUGGAAGAUGCGGCCAAACCUGGAGGCAUCUCAGUCUUGGAGCCUGGCGACGUUGCCCGCGUCGAUAAAGUACUUUACGUUGCCCAACAUGAAUUCGGGAGUGAUCAGAAGGAAAACAUCAUUUAA